GGAAGGCCCAUGCAUUCCUCCAGUUGGAUGGAGAGUGGGGACAGUGUCUCCGGCGAUCUCAAGAAUAGGAGGGAAUGUUGACCAGGGAGCACCGCUGCGGCCGAUCAGAGGAGCAGGAACCGGAGCUCGGGCUGAGUCCAAAAAAAGCCGGAUCCGGACGGUGGCUCCGGCACGGCUGGAAGUGGAAGAUGGAGGAGCCGGAGGAACCGGCAGACAGUGGGCAGUCGCUGCCCCCGGUUUACAUCUACAGUCCCGAGUAUGUCAGCAUAUGCGACUCCCUGGCCAAAGUCCCCAAACGGGCCAGUAUGGUACAUUCUUUGAUUGAAGCAUAUGCACUGCAUAAGCAAAUGAGGAUAGUUAAGCCCAAAGUGGCCUCCAUGGAGGAAAUGGCCACCUUCCACACCGAUGCCUAUCUGCAGCAUCUCCAGAAAGUCAGCCAAGAAGGAGAUGACGAUCAUCCAGACUCCAUAGAAUAUGGGCUAGGUUAUGACUGCCCAGCCACUGAAGGGAUAUUUGACUAUGCAGCAGCUGUAGGAGGGGCUACAAUCACAGCUGCCCAAUGCCUGAUUGAUGGAAUGUGCAAAGUAGCGAUUAACUGGUCCGGAGGGUGGCAUCAUGCAAAGAAAGAUGAAGCAUCUGGUUUUUGUUAUCUCAAUGAUGCUGUCCUGGGAAUAUUACGAUUGCGACGGAAAUUUGACCGUAUUCUCUAUGUGGAUUUGGAUCUGCACCAUGGAGAUGGUGUAGAAGAUGCCUUCAGUUUCACCUCCAAAGUCAUGACAGUGUCUCUGCACAAAUUCUCCCCAGGAUUUUUCCCAGGAACAGGUGAUGUGUCUGAUGUUGGCCUAGGGAAGGGACGGUACUACAGUGUAAAUGUGCCCAUUCAGGAUGGCAUACAGGAUGAGAAGUAUUACCACAUCUGUGAAAGUGUACUAAAGGAGGUAUACAUAGCCUUUAAUCCCAAAGCAGUCGUCUUACAGCUGGGAGCUGAUACAAUAGCUGGGGAUCCCAUGUGCUCCUUUAACAUGACUCCAGUGGGAAUUGGCAAGUGUCUUAAGUACAUCCUUCAGUGGCAAUUGGCAACGCUCAUCUUGGGAGGAGGCGGCUAUAACCUUGCCAACACAGCUCGAUGCUGGACAUACUUGACCGGGGUCAUCCUAGGGAAAACACUAUCCUCUGAGAUCCCAGAUCAUGAGAUGAGAUGUAAUAUGUAUCUCAGAAAAACCACUCAAUGCAUCUAGAAUACAAAAAGAAGGCAUGCUAUAAUUUGAGACAAUUUGCUGGUGUCAGGGUUAAUAGAAGUCUCUUUUCUUGACUUGACUUACCUUUAUUCAGUAUUUGGAAGCUUUAUGAAACAUAAAGGUAAGCGAACAAAUUACUUUUGUGAACAAAUGUAAUUGCUGUUAUUGCUGUGGGAAUAUCUCAGAUUGCAUUGUAAUUUAAAGCACUGAGACUUUAAAAACUGAUCAAGUUAUGUCAAAAAGUAGUUUCAAGCUGUAGAAGCCUGAAUUGAGAAUGAGUGUUCUGUUCCUAUGAAACAAGGCAAAUCCAUAGAUUCAUCUGUCUUAAAAGGUUGAUAGAAUUUUAGUAAAGAUGAAUACCGCCUCUGGUACCUGGAGAAGCUAUGUGCCUGAAUGGAUGUGGACUUGGCCUUGUAGAUAGACAUGUCCUGUCUUUAUACGGAUAUAUUCUGUGAGAUUAAAUGAGAUGUAAUGUAUGUCAAGUGCCUAACACACAGUUCUUGGCACAUAAUAGGAACUUUUGAAAUGAAGUUUUCUCCUUCCCCUUUGCAUGCUCCCAACAAUUUCUUAUACCCAGACAUUUAUGACUUUGUUGUUCAUAAAUUUGUCCAAACCCUUUUUGAAUCCCUUCUGUCGUAUCCUUCUGGUAUAAGAGAUGUGAGUCAUCCAAGAAGGAACAAAGAGGAAAAUUGAAAUAACAGUCUUCCAGGUACAAUAAGAUAACAUUUUUAUGAAAAUUGCCAAAAACAGACUACGCAGUGUGAAGGCAUAUAGAAGCUUUGUGCCACGGUACGUAGUUGCACACAAGUAUCCUGUGGCCCUCUGUAAUCAGAUCAACAGAUGGUAAAUCAAGAAAUAUUUACUCAGCACCCAUUGUGGCCCAGGCACUGUGCUAGGUGUCUUGGAAGAUGCAAAGACACUAAGACCUCAGCCCCUGCCUCAAGCAACUUGGGAGAGAGGGUGGUAUAAGUGCUGGGGAGAUAUGUAGAUAUAUGAAUAAUUCUAUUACGGAGCAGAAUAAGAACCACAAGACUGUAGGAACAGUGGCUAUGGGGAUGUGCAUCAAAUAUAAAGGGGAUACAAAGGAGUAGACAAAAUACUCUGCCUCCCAGAAGCUGAAAAUAUAAUUGAGAAAUCUAGUUGGUCAAAAGGUCAAGGCAGUGCAUCAGUCAGCCGACGUCUGGCUGACCCCCUCACAGUCUUCACUCUCGGACUUGGGCUUUUGUUCCUCUGUCUCCUAGGAUAAUAGUCCUCCUCCUCCAAAUGCCCUUUCCCCACCUCUCUACUGUCUUCCUAGGUCCAGCUUCAAGCCCUACGCCUUUACAAAUCCCUUACCUAAAUAGACCAAGGCCCUUUGAGCUCUUCCUUCACAAUCAUUUGUUCCUUCAUUUAUUUAACAAGUAUUCACUGGGCCCCUACUACUUGCCAGGCCCUCAUCAGACCUGGAAUCAGAGACACAAAGACUAACAAGAUAAACCCAGUGCCCUCAGAAAUAUCAUCAUCUAAUAAAGGUGACGGAACAAUGUGCUCAAAUCCAGGACAGAUGAGGAGCAUAGCGGAAAUGUUUCACCAAGGCUUUGAAUGGAAUCUUGGAGGUUGGUCGGGAGUUUGCCAGGUGAAGAAGAGGGAAAGACAUUCUAGGCAGAGGGGACAGAGAUUGGAAAGGACAUGGUGCCUCAUGGAACCAGUGAGGAGUUUGAUAUAGUAGUAGAAGCUAGAGUUUAUGAGAGAGAGUAGGAAGGAUUAAGGCUUGAAUGGAAGUUGGAGCCAGGUUACGAAGAGCCUUGAAUGCUAUACUAAAGAGUUUAUACUUUUUUUCUGUGAAAACAGAUAAGUUUUGGAUUUUAGAAAGCCCAUUUGGUAGCCCAUGGAAAAUAGGUUGCAAAAGGGAGAGACUUGAGAAAGGCAAACCUGUUAAGAGGUUCGAGUACACUCCUGUAACACUUACAGUCUGUAACCAUUCAUUCUAUCACCUGUGUUUUGGUUGUCUGCAUUCCCCUUCAAUGGUUAGCAGAGUGUUAACUACCCACCUAGUUGGUGUUCAUUGAUUGAAUGAACAACUGAAUAAAUGAGUGUUUAAAUAAUGUAUCUCAACAUUCACAUUGGGAAACUUCUAUUUUUUUAUUAUUUUAUUGAGGUCAUAGUGGUUUAUAACAUUGUGUAAAUUUCGGGUGUACAUUAUUAUAUUUCAGCUUCUGUACAGACUGCAUCGUGUUCACCACCAAUAGUCUAUUUUUUAUCCAUCACCAUACAUAAAUAACUUCUAUUUUUGAUGAAAGAAUUGGAAGCAUAAUCUAGCCUCUUUCUAGAAAUUGUUUAACCCCAGUAGCAACUACCUAUCCUUUGUAAGAAGUACUAGGUAUCCCAGAUGUAGGAAAUAGACAUAUCCAUGGGAAAACACUAGGUUGCCUGUGAAGGGCAGGGAGUUGGGAAGGCAAGCCCAGCAUAAACAUUAGAAGUGAUUAGUGGUAAGAUUUCAGUCAUAGCCCUCAAGAGAUACAAAAUCAGUAAUGCCAUAAAGCCAGCGAUCAGGGAGUUAGUCCCAGCCCAGGAGUUGGAGAGCCAGGUUGGCUGGCGAGGCAUGGAAUAAGGAGGCGAUCCCAGCUGGAAGCAGAGUUCGACCCAGCUGGGAAAGCUGAGAGAAACAGAGCCUGCCCCUAUGAUUAGCCUAGGUAUCUAUACCAUAGGGAAAUUUCAAAGGUGACAUGGGGUCCCAUAAAAAGACCAGUACGUGGCUAAUUUAGCAAAUCGCCCACUCUAUGUAAUAAGGCUUAUGGACUAUUAUAUAUAAGAAUGUUCUGUAAUCCAGUAAUGCUAUUUGGAUCCUAUGAUCUAGGAUAGAGUACGGCAGUUAUAUUAUAUCAUGUAUUCAUAUAUAGGUAUAUGUAUACAUAUAUACAGAUAUAUCAGGUAAAUGUAUAUACCUGAAUCAUCAGGUAAGUUUAUUAACAAAAUUUAGUGAACAAAAAAUAUGUAUUUAACCAAACCACUUUUAAUAGACUGGUUGGACAAACUAUGCCUCAUUCAUGUGAGGGAAUAUAUGUAGCCAUUGAAAAGAAUUAAGUUGAUUAUAUAGGAGUGUAUGUUACUAACGUGAAAUAAUCUUGCAGUGCAAUCUGUAGAUUGCACUGGAUCUGUACAUGGAUUUGGGGAGAAAUAACAUCUCAACAAUAUUUAAUCUUUCAAUCCGUGAAUUUGCUAUGUCUUUCCACUUACUUAAGUCUUGAAUUUCACAUUUUAAUUUGUGCUUUUCAGUGAGCAGGUCUUGCACAA